UGGUGGGAUAACGAUGCCCGAUCAAAGAGGGGAUCGUAUACAGAUCGCACUGCUAUUUGCAACAUUUCCCGGCGCGUUCAGUUACGCGCGCAUUCAUUUCAGAAGUCGCCUCGCGAACUUCCACCUCGAGGUCCCCUAAAAACGCCCCGAGUUCCUAGACACCGGAAGAUCUCGUCUGCGCUUGGUAAACGGUAGAACCGAGAUCUGCCCGAUGACGUUGUGCACGUGCGGGAAGCGAGCUCCAGGUGAGGAGGACCACGUGUGCCAGGCGAAUCCUCCUGCGGAGAACGAUAAGUCCGAGGGGACCGACAAGUUCGACAACGCGGUUCGCUACAGCGAUGGAUCGGUGCGACUUCGGAAUCCAAACAUCGAGCUCAUGGAUCAGGACAUAUUGUACCACCUCGCGCUUGGCAGCGAGUCCCAUGAUCUCGUCGCAAUGUUUGGUGACGUCAAGUUCGUCUGUAUGGGUGGCACGCCGAAACGAAUGGAAGAAUUUGCCUACUACAUAAUGAAGGAAAUAGGUCAUAAGCUUCCACCUGGAACGACGCUUCUUGACAUUAGCCAGUAUUCGUAUCGGUACUCUAUGUACAAAGUUGGACCAGUAAUUUCUGUUAGUCAUGGUAUGGGCAUCCCAUCGGUUGGAAUUCUCCUCCACGAGGUGAUCAAGCUAAUGUACCACGCAAAAGUGAAAGACCCAAUAUUCUUUAGGAUCGGUACUUGCGGUGGAAUUGGCCUUGAUAGCGGUACCGUUGUAAUUUCUGAAUCAGCGGUCGAUGGAAUGUUGAGGCCUUACUUAGAACAGCCUGUAUUAGGAAAAUUGAUGAGGAGACCUGCUAAGUUGGACCGACAGUUGGCUCGUGAUCUGAAGGCACUCGCGAACCGUGACGAUCCCUACGAUACUGUGAUCGGUAAAACGAUGUGCACCGACGACUUCUACGAAGGACAGGGUCGGCUGGACGGUGCUUUUUGCGAGUUCACGGAAAACGACAAAAUGGAGUAUUUAACCACGCUGAAAAACGCCGGCGUCGUUAAUAUAGAAAUGGAAUGUCUGGCUUUCGCAGCUCUCACGCAUCAUGCUGGUAUCAAGUCAGCUGUAGUUUGUGUGACACUACUAGAUCGACUUAAAGGCGACCAGGUAAUGACACCGAAGGAGGUCCUGAACGAAUGGCAGUUUCGACCGCAACAGUUGAUUUCACGUUACAUAACCAGAUACCUUCAACAAAAAGGUCGCCUUUCCCUUGAAGGCCACGGAUCGAUGAGUGUCAAGAGCCCACGUCGAUUCAAACUGGUACAACAGGAAUCUAAAACCUACGAUUAAAUCAAUAACGCGUCACAAAUUAUAUCGAUAUGUCGAUAUAUAUACAUAUAUAUAUACAUAAUGUGUUGAUAAAAGUAAAACGCGAUGUCAGAAUUUAAUGAAAACGUAUGGAUGCGUUGGGUUCUAUCUAUGAUAUAUUUAUUUACAUCAAAAUCAUAACAAAAGAUAUCGCGAUUACUACAAAGAAAUCCAUAAUUGAUAAGAACCGUAAAAUUCGUUUAGUAUUUCUUCUUUCCUAAAUUUUAUCAUAAUUGCAUAAGGAAGCUCAGAGGAUCGAUAAUCCUAUUAGUUUUAUCGCAAUCGUGCGGUAACUCAAGUACAAAACAGACAAUGUAUUUAUUUGAGCAAUAAGUUCGUUCGACAUUUGAAAAUGUCUACAUGUCAAUAAAUAUUAAUUUAAUUAACUGAUGAUCCAUGGACGACGUUUAC